CUCAAAGGCAUUCCAAACAAUUUGGAUUUGUUCGAGUUUUACUUAAAACGAGAUCAUUUAUUUUGCUCUUGUAAACGUGAAUUAGCAAACACCAUCAGCCUUCCAAUUAUAUUAUCCUUUAAAUCAAUCUAAAAGUAAGGGAUUUAUACGUGAUUUUACUUAAAACACGAUAAUUUAUUUUGCCAUGUAAACAGUUUUUUUAUUGAUUUACCUUCGUCACACACAUAUACACAAAAUUUGCUUCGUUUUCUAUAUUCAGUACAAACUCAAAGCUGUGUGUGUGUGUUUUAUUGCAAGUUUUAUAAAUAAAUCAACUUUGUAUUAUUGUGUCGUUAAACGUACAAACAAAACCCGUUUUAAGCCAACGAAAAUUAAUAUACAUAAUUGAUAGCAGGCAAAAAACGUUUUCAACUAACCAAGUAUAGAUCAGAAAAUUUCAAAUAAAAUGGAAAAAGAUGGUUCAGCAAAACAAACUCGCAAACGUUGGUCGGUCGAAGGCGAACACUUUUUGCUUACCUUAUGGGUGAAACAUCUGGAGGAAUUGCGAGAAGCUCGGAAAAAUGCACAUGUAUAUAUCAAUAUGGCCGCAGCAAUGUCCGCCAAAGGAUAUUUUUACUCGAGGGAAGAAAUUAAAACCAAAUUACACAACCUUACCAGUAAAUAUAGAUUUUUUUCUUCUUACAGGGAUGAAAUAAAGAAAUCUGACCAAACAGGACAACCGCCCAGCUGGGAUUUAUUCGAAAAGAUCAACAAAAUUUUAGGAGAAUACAAAUAUCAUAAGGCGUCGUCUUUCGAAGAGCAAAGCUUUGGUAUGUGUACAAACAUAAAAACCUAUGGCAUAUCAUAACGUAUAUAUAUUACAUUAUUGCUUCCAAUAUUUAUUUUGCAAUGGCGCUUUUUUUAUUUUAUUCGGUUUGAAUUUCUUGUUUCUGUUUUGCAAUCGCAGCGCAUGGAUCUUUAUUAUUUGAACCGUGUGCUCUUACAAUAUGACGAUAAAGUCCACGGUAGUGCGCGUAAUCCUUACCACAAGCCUUGCAUUCAAACUUCUGUCCAUUAUGGACAUUUUUGUGUUGAUUCAAUA